CAUAUCCAACAUUUCAGGCGUUUCAUUUCUCUACGAGAAGAUUAAUUCAAACAUCCUUUUCAUCUCAUGUAACAAACUUUUUUAUUACAUUUCGAAGUAAUUUGCUUCAGUACCUCUUUCGCAUUCCUUUAUUUCAUUCCUUUGUGUUCAACUUCAAUCAAACCAAUUCUAGUUCAAGAAUUCCAUCAAGAUCUCAUUUUUAGCUCAGAUAAUCAUCUCGGUCAUUCUGGAUCUCUCGGAAUCACCAAAUACACAUUGAUCCAUGGGUUCCUUUGAUCAAUUCAAGAAAUGGGCAUUGAUAUUUUGCGUGAUUCUUCAAUGUGUUGAUGGGUUUUAUCUCCCGGGCAGUUUCCCGCACAGGUAUGGCAUGGGAGAUCAGUUAUUUGUGAAGGUGAAUUCUUUGACCUCAAUUGACACUGAAAUUCCAUAUGGUUAUUACACUUUGCCUUUCUGUAAACCUUUAGAAGGUGUCAAGGACAGUGCAGAGAACCUAGGGGAGCUUCUCAUGGGAGACCGAAUUGAGAACUCUCCCUACAGAUUCAAAAUGCGUACGAAUGAGAGCGAGAUUUUCUUGUGCAAAACCAGUGCUUUAUCAGCUGAUAAGUUCAAGAUUCUUAAGGAAAGGAUUGAUGAGAUGUACCAGGUUAAUCUGAUUCUUGAUAAUUUGCCUGCAAUUAGGUAUUUGAACAAGGAUGGUUUCCUUCUUAGAUGGACUGGUUAUCCCGUUGGGGUCAAGGUCCAAAAUUCAUAUUAUGUGUUUAAUCAUUUGAAAUUCACAGUUUUGGUACAUAAGUAUGAGAGAACUAGUGUCCCUAAUGUGAUUGGGGCCGCUGAUGGGGCCGAACUUAUAGUCGGAGAGGACAAUUAUACUAAAGUUGACUCGGCUCCAGGGUACAUGGUUGUAGGGUUUGAAGUGGUCCCAUGCAGCUUUCAGCAUGAUGCAAAAGCUGUUGUGAAUCGAUCUAUGUAUGAUAAGUAUCCCACAUCGAUUCAAUGUGAUCCAGCCACGGUGUCCAUGAUGAUCAAAGAAGGCGACUCACUGGCUUUCACCUAUGAGGUCUCCUUCGUGGAGAGUGAUAUCAAGUGGCCAUCUAGGUGGGAUGCGUAUUUGAAGAUGGAAGGCGCUAAAGUUCAUUGGUUUUCAAUCUUGAAUUCGCUCAUGGUCAUCACGUUCCUAGCUGGGAUAGUUCUAAUCAUUUUCUUGAGGACAAUCCGAAGAGAUUUGGCUAGGUAUGAGGAGCUUGACAAGGAGGCUCAGGCUCAAAUGAAUGAGGAGCUGUCGGGGUGGAAACUUGUCGUUGGUGACGUUUUUAGGGCGCCUGGAAACCCUGAGCUUCUUUGCAUUGUGGUCGGGGAUGGAUGCCAGAUUCUCGGAAUGGCAAUUGCCACAAUUUUCUUUGCCGCACUCGGAUUCAUGUCCCCAGCUUCCCGGGGCAGCUUGAUAACUGGAAUGCUUACCUUCUUCAUGUUCUUAGGCAUCAUAGCUGGUUUCGUGUCUGUCUGGCUCUUCAAAACAAUCAAAGGUGGUGAUCCGACUGGAUGGUUUUCUAUUUCAUGGAGAGUCUCUUGUUUCUUUCCGGGAAUCGCCUUUUCCAUCCUAACAAUUUUGAAUUUCCUCUUGUGGGGAAGCCAUAGCACAGGAGCCAUUCCUUUAUUUACUUACCUAAUCCUAUUGUUGCUUUGGUUUUGCAUCUCCGUUCCACUUACCCUAAUAGGUGGACUCAUUGGGGUGAGAGCCCCACACUUGGAAUACCCUAUCAAGACGAAUCAAAUCCCUCGGGAAAUCCCAGCCCAGAGAUUCCCGACGUGGCUGCUUGUCAUUGGAGCAGGAACCCUCCCGUUUGGGACCCUAUUUAUUGAGCUUUUCUUCAUCAUGUCAAGCAUUUGGCUUGGCCACGUUUACUACGUCUUCGGGUUCCUCUUCGUGGUAGUGAUCCUCCUCGUGGUUGUGUGCGCCGAGGUCUCAUUAGUCCUCACUUACAUGCAAUUGUGUGUGGAGGAUUGGAGGUGGUGGUGGAAGUCUUUCUUUACUUCGGGUUCGGUUGCGGUUUACAUCUUCUUGUACUCGAUUAACUAUUUGGUUUUUGAUCUAAAGAGUUUGAGUGGACCUGUCUCGGCCAUCCUUUACUUGGGUUAUUCUCUUUUGAUGGCUAUUGCCAUUAUGCUCGCGACGGGAGCUGUUGGUUUUCUGACGUCCUUCAUGUUCGUGCACCGCCUUUUCUCAUCCGUGAAGAUAGAUUGAGGAUCGGAAGGGAAUAUAAAUUAAACAUUUUUUUGUCAUUGGGCUCUCUCUGUUUUGGUUAACACACAUUCACACAAUAAUAUGAAGUAAUAGUUUUGUUUUUUUGUUUGGUUGAGAUGAACAUUGCUGGAGGGCUAAUUUUUUCAUUACAAGACAAAGGAAUUAUAUGAAAUAUUGAUUUUUUUUAAUCUCA